AUGCUGGACAUAGCUGCGACGAAUGAGGCGCAUUUCAAUGCCGCUGCUUCGACAUACGAAACUCGUUUCGCAGAAGCCCUUCGAAUUAUUGGAAACGAAGUUGGAGAACGUUCCAGAUGGAUUUGCCCGCAAUGGGGUGAUGCGACCGACGAUGUCAAGCCAUUCAGGAUGCUUGACUAUGCAUGCGGUGCAGGAUCGAUGACUCGAGCAUUACUACCUCAUGUUUCGGAUGCCAUUGGAAUUGACGUUUCCCAAAACAUGGUUGAAGAAUAUAACAAGAACAUUGUUGCCCUGGGAUUACCAACAGACAAAGUGUUUGCUAAAAAAGGGAAUCUGCUGUCAGAUAAUCCAUCGGAGGGAUUCUCUGACCCAGAAUACUUUAAUUUCGACCUGAUAAUCAUCGGGUUUGCCCUUCAUCAUUUCAAGUCCCCCGACCUUGCCAUGAGGAGACUUGUUGAAAGACUAGCACCUGGUGGGAUCUUGGUAGUGCUGGACUUCGUAGAGCACUCAAUCGAAGUUGAAAAUGGAGUUACGGCUUCUGGUUUUGGCCCUGAUCUAAGACGACAAUUUGAAAAUGCUGGUGUCGGGGACGGGUUUGAUUACGUGGUACCGGAUAGAGGAGUCAUGCGUGGAAAGCCUCCUAAGGAGCUGCGGUAUUUCCUCGCUCGUGGGAAACGCCCGAACAGUGUCACAAUACAGAGCUAG